UCUACGUUACUUAAAAUUUUGCCAUGCUUGGUAAAUUAUCUGUCAAAAAUUAUACAAAAUAUAGUAUGAAGUUUACUACGUACGGAGAUUGCAUGCAAUGUUACAUCUAUCUCAAGCGAAAAACAAGCGAGAAAGUUUAACGUGGUUCUUCUAAUAAAUUCAUAGAUCUGACAAAAUGCAUUCACGUAAAAUCCACACCAAAGGAACCUCUUAAAAAUUCAACAUGGAUUUACCGUAGCCAGUUAAUCAUGAUUAUCAAAAAUCAAUCAGAAUAUUCCCAUACAAAGAUGUAAAUAAGUUCAUCCACCUAUCGACCCACUUCUCAAUACAACACACAUUGAACUCUUGAAAAGAUUGGUAUUGUUAUAAACUUGCCUUUAUAUAAAAUAUGGAUCUUCGUCGUAAAGCCGAUUGUCAAAAAUACAGAAAAUGGAAAGAGGAACGAGCAAAAGAAUCAAAGGAAACGAAGAAAGAAAUCAAAAAACGAAGACGCAGGAAACUAGUAACCGAUUGUAUCAAUGAAGGCGAGAUAGAAGAAGUUAUGCCUAAAACCGUGAUGAAAGUGAAAUAUCGAAAAUGCAGAAAAAGGAAGAAGAGAAAGAAGUCAAAGAAAUAUAUUACAAAACUCGUUAAACGAGUUUCGUUCGCAGAGCUAGUGUUAGGAUGUAUAAAACCCUCGAUAGAAGAGAGGGAAUGCCUUCUUAAUCCACGUCAUAUUGGUUGCCUAGGACUUAGUGUAUCUAAAGUGGAUAUUACAUCGGAAAGCCCAGCAACAAGGCAGACUUACAUGAGCCAACGGAAAAGCCGUAGAAGAAAAAGAAUCUGUGCAAAACUCUGUACGAGAAGGUCGUCUCGUAAAGGCAUAGAAGAAUCGGAAUCAAAAGACAGCAAAUGCGACAGCAUUUGUUCCUUCGAUAAUCGCAUAUGUCUUGCAGAUGUAAAGUUAACAGCAAAGGAUAAAGAGGAGAUGAAAAAGUAUCAACGCGAAGCUCAUCAAUCCAGUACUAAAACAGAGAAUUAAUUUCCUUCUCCCAAUUGCAGCCAUAAAAACAUAACAAAUGAGGAAAAAAUAAAACAUUCAAGGCACAAAGGUGGUAAAUUAGAAAAAAAUUGACAAAUCAUAGAAACUAAUUAAGCGGAUUGAAAAAGUGUUUAUCAGAAUACAUUAGCAAAAACAAAUAACAAGAUGAAUGUAAUGUUCAAAAAUACAAUUUGAUAAUAGUCGUUCUUUACACACCUUAUAUACGCGUAACGAGACAACCCUAGUUGAUGAUCCGAAAGUAUUUCACACACCGUAUACGUAAAGGGAAAACGAGUUUCCACUAGCUUCUGCUGAGCAGAAGAUCCUUCCGUGAACCGUUUAAUUCGACUGUACGAUAAAAGGUACGAACGACCGAGUAAUUAGGCGAUUUGCACGACUUGUUCGCGACAAAAGAAUGUUGCUUAUAAUCAACAUCAAUAGUCGAUAAUUAUCGACUAUUAGUAAUAAGCGGACAAGGCUGAUACAUUCUAACAAAACUGAAAGCAGUUUCAAAACUACAGAAACAUGUCUGCUACUACUGCUUCGAUCAAUAAUGAGAUUGCAAGAUAGAAAUUUAUUGUUAACAGAACAAACCUUGAAAUAUGUAAUGGAGAAAUAGUUCUAAAAUAGAGAUCUAGUAUCGAAAAAAACAUAA